GGCACCUAGAACAUCCCAGGCAAGUUUAGUGAAGGGACGUUCUCAAGCUAAUGCUGUUGCACAGCAAGCGUUGAUUGCUCAUUGGCAAAGCAUUGUGAAAAGCCUGAAUUAUUACUUGAAGAUAAUGAAAGCAAACCAUGUUCCGCCAUUCCUAGUCCGCAAGGUGUUCACUCAGAUAUUUUCAUUCAUCAAUGUUCAGUUAUUCAACAGUCUCCUUUUGAGGCGUGAAUGCUGCUCAUUCAGCAAUGGGGAGUUUGUUAAGACAGGAUUGGCUGAGUUAGAAAACUGGUGCCAUGAAGCAACCGAAGAGUAUGCUGGCUCAGCUUGGGGUGAACUGAGGCAUAUCAGACAAGCAGUUGGAUUCCUGGUUUUAUAUAGGACUCAAACAGGAUUCAGCAAGUUAGAGAAAAGAACUGAAAGUACUUCUCUCAGUGGUUCAAAAUCAUCCUAG